UCAAGGUGAUCUGUCACUUCUGUCAAAACAUUCAAAUUGAACAUAACCUUGUAAACUUAGUUACCGCACAGAAACUUAGAAAAUGCUUCGAAAUAUCUUUCGUACCAGCCGUUGGCUGGCACGGCAAACCAGACAGAUCAAUACCUUUUCUCCGUUGCUCCUGCGACAACACGUUUUAGUGAAAACUUAUAGUUCUCCUGUGAUAUUGAUACGUUCUCCUGCCUCCACUGAUAGUGCUCAAACCGCUGAAGUAGACCCAGUUAUUUAUGAAGAAAUCUGCACUGAAACUCUAGAGUCCUUGUGUGAUUAUUUUGAAGAAAUCGUUGAAGGCGCAACGCAUUUAAAAGGCGCGGAUAUAAUGUACAGUGAUGGUGUUUUAACAGUAGCUCUUGGAAAUUCCUAUGGAACAUAUGUGAUAAACCGUCAGUCACCUAACAAACAGAUUUGGUUGAGUUCUCCGGUAUCCGGACCUAAGCGCUAUGAUCUGAUUGUUCAAAAUGGUGGCUACUGGGUAUACAAGCAUGACGGAGUAACAUUACACCAACUACUUCAAACUGAAAUAUCCAAAAUUGUAGAAAGUGUAGAUUUCAAAAAGUGUGCCCACAGUGCUUAAAAUUUAUUUUGUUUUUAUUUUUUAAGUAUAGUUAUUUAUUGUUA